AUGGCUGACACCAAACUUCUCGAUGCUGAACAGGAUGUUGCCGCUGAGGACCUCUGGACUCUCGUCAAGCAACUCAGAGUCCGCGAUCUCGUCAACGCCAUCAAGCAGAUCACCUCCGACGACUUCCAGCAUCUCGCCAAUGUCGCCAGAGGUCGUCCUUUGAACCUCGAGACCUUCGCUUUGCUCUGCAAGGAGUUCAUCAAGACGCGCACCGGUCUUGCCCUCCUCAGUGCGGUCAUCGCUAUCAUCUGCACCAUCGUCAUCUCGGUUUAUGCCACGCAGCUCCCCUCUCCUGUCUCUGCUGGUCUGCGUCUCAUGAAAGCCGGACCUUCUGCUGGUAAGGCGCCUAGAUCAACCGCCACUCGUUCAAACUCCAGCGUUGGCGGAGUCAUCGAGACUCUGCAGAGCGCUGUUAUGACCGGCUAUGAAGAUCCCGUCGUCGUUGCCUUUGGUCAGGGAACCAUCGUUGCUGGUGUCAUCUUCGCCGCUUACAAGCUGUGGAACAUGGACAAGAACAUGAGCAAGCGCAAGAACACCUGA